UCGCCACCGCUGCUGCCAUCCGCGGAAAGGAAAUAUAUUAAGUUGUAUGUGCCUAGUUAAACAUCGUCACCGACCUCCAAUUAAUCAAGUUGAUGAAAAUGGCGUUUGUUCCAUCUUUGAGCUCUCAUGUUAGUAUGGAUGAUUACUUACUCACUAGAAGGCGUCAGCGCCGAAACAGGACGACAUUUAACCCUCAGCAGCUGACAGAACUGGAAGUGCUGUUCGAGAAGACACACUAUCCAGAUGUGUUUCUCAGAGAAGAAGUGGCUAAAAAGAUCAAUCUAUCUGAGGCGCGAGUACAGGUAUGGUUCCAGAACCGGCGAGCCAAGUGGCGGAAGCAGACCCGUGCUCAGCUCAUACAAGACGUGUGGCGGAGGUACAAGUUGGGAGGAGGUCCUCCUACCGAUGGCUGGCUGGCCGCUCACAGAUUUCCACCGCCCCACUCGGCAACGCCUCCCACCGCUAGCCCUGCACCGACAACUACGCCUCUCUACUCCGCGGUGCCCCACGUGCUGUAUGGGGACCGACUGGCUGUGACGCAAGG